GAUUGUUUCAUAGGUAUUGCAGCUCCUUUCAUCUCUCUAUCUAGUUCUCUUUCCAUUCGAUCCACUCAUCAAACAAACGGUAUUUUGAAGUUUGAACAACAAAAUGAACGUUACCGCCUACACUAACACAGCCACUCCAACCCAACUCUCUUCUCCUCCGAAGACACCCAAACCACCACUCCCAACCCAACCCUCCUCCUUACCAAACCACCGUCACCGUGUCUCCCUCCCACAGACCAACAGGCCCACCAUUGACCCUGUUGUCUCAUGGACUUCUUCCAUUGCUCGCCACUGCCGAAAUGCCCAACUGCCCGAAGCCGCCGCAGAGUUUCAACGCAUGAGACUAGCUGGGGUCGAACCCAAUCACGUCACUUUCAUUACGCUUCUCUCGGCCUGUGCUGAUUUCCCACUUGAGAGUGUGGUUUUUGGGUCUUCAAUUCAUGCUUAUGUUCGCAAGUUUGGUUUGCUUACAAACAAUGUCAUGGUCGGUACUGCAAUACUCGAUAUGUACGCAAAAUGCAGACGCGUGGAUCUUGCGAGAAUGGUUUUUGAUGAGAUGGGUGUGAAGAAUUCGGUGUCUUGGAAUACUAUGAUUAAUGGGUAUAUGCGGAAUGGGAAAGUUGAGCACGCAAUACAGCUGUUUGAUGAAAUGCCUGAGAGAGAUGCGAUUUCUUGGACUGCUUUGAUUGGUGGGUUUGUUAAGAAAGAUCACUUUGAGCAGGCGUUGCUAUGGUUCCAAGAAAUGCAGCUUGCCAGAGUGGAACCGGAUUAUGUCACCAUUAUUGCAGUACUUUCCGCGUGUGCCAAUUUGGGAACCCUUGGUUUGGGGCUAUGGAUGAAUCGAUUUGUUAUGAAGCAAGACUUUAAGGACAAUAUUAGGAUAAGUAACUCUUUGAUAGACAUGUAUUCCCGAUGUGGAUGUAUCGAAUUUGCUCGUCAAAUCUUUGAGAAAAUGACGAAGCGAACCUUGGUAUCAUGGAAUUCAAUCAUUGUAGGCUUUGCUGUUAACGGUCAUGUAGAAGAAGCUCUGGAGUUCUUCGGUUUAAUGCAGAAGGAAGGGUUCAAGCCGGAUGGGAUCAGCUUCACAGGAGCUCUUACUGCAUGUAGCCAUGCUGGAUUAGUUGAUGAGGGGCUCAAAUUCUUUGAUGAAAUGAAGAGAGUUCAUAGAAUUACCCCUAGAAUAGAGCACUAUGGCUGCAUAGUGGAUCUUUAUAGCCGUGCAGGCAGGUUGGAAGAUGCACUGAAUGUGAUAGAAAACAUGCCAAUGAAGCCAAAUGAAGUUGUGUUGGGGUCAUUGCUGGCUGCUUGUAGGACUCAUGGGAAUGUCAGCUUGGCUGAGAGGUUAAUGAAUUAUCUUUCUGAAUUGGACCCCAGUGGCGAUUCCAAUUAUGUUCUCCUUGCGAAUAUAUAUGCAGCCAUUGGUAGGUGGGAUGGUGCUAGCAAGAUUAGAAGGACAAUGAAGGCCCGUGGAAUACAAAAGAAACCGGGAUCUAGUUCAAUUGAAAUUGAUUGUAGCAUUCACGAAUUUGUGGCUGGCGAUAACUGCCAUGCUGAAACAGAUAGCAUUCAUGCAAUGUUAGAGCUUCUGUCCCUUGAACUGAAACUAUGUGGUUAUGUACCUCAGACCUUUGAAAAUGAAUCUUAUGAAGAUGAUUAAAACACAUUA